AUGGGCGCGAACACUCCAGAAUACCACAUUCUCGGAAAACGAGUGGCGGUCGGGCGGCUACUUCUCGGUACAAUCGUCGACAGCCUGGAGGGACUUUCGCGAAUCAACAACGGAGAAGAGCUCCUGAUUGACGAAGAGCGCCUCGACCACUUCCAUGACUGCAAUAUGGAGAUCUCGAGAGAUAUCGCCCUGACGGGGAACGCUGGAGUCGCCGCCAAGGCACUCGCACUAGAGAGUUUCGGCGGCGAGGCGAGUGUCGACAGCGAGCGCAGCUUCACGGACACCUACAACGUUCCUGAUGUCCAUACCUGGCAAUUUGACCCGGAAGCGUCCGACUACCUGGCCGCGAUGACAUCGGAAAAGGUGCAAAGAUUCCUGAAGAGGAUUGAUUACGGCCCGGUGUACAUGGUAACUGGGCUGAAGUUCGGCACAAAGACGUCAGUCAACAUCACAAGGGCAAAAAGGGUGGGAGGGCGGCUGGAGCUCGGGGCCAACAUCGGGACGGCCGUCUCGGUUGGCCCAAAGCUUGGGUCAUCCCGCGCCUUUACAGUGAGUCAGAAGGGAGAGGAGCAGACUGAACGCAUCUUGGCAAUCAGGGUGCGAAAACUGAGGUAUAAGAAGAAAGGCUUCUUCGGCUUUGGGAGCUCCAGAGUAUUAACGGAAGAGCCAAGCAACGCUGGCGCUGAACUGGUUGGAGAUAAUAGAUCUAAGCAGAAGAGCCGAGGCACUGUAGCAGGUCUAGACUUUGAAGUGCUCGAGGAGGAUGAUACGGAGGACUCGACGGGAAGUUAUAGAAAGAUCUCCGAGCCAGGGGUCACUUGGGUUGUUCCCAAGUCCUGGUAG